GCGAGAAUUUCGGCCGAAUCUUUUAGCACAACCACAUCGUAUUGUCAGGGCAAGAACCAACACGAAAUGAAAAGUGUAAAGUCACACAAAUCGUUUUCUUCUUCACGCCAGCACAAUGGCUUGCCGAUUCUUUCACUAGAAUCAUACGGUUCCGGAAAAACACACAACUGAGACACUUUUAAAGCCUGCAUUAUUGCCACCCCCCACCGCAUAAACACACACAAACACACACACACACACACACACACACACACCCCGAUGCGUCAGUCUCAUAAACUCGCCUGAGCCUCCCUCAGAAAGAAACGCUCACUCACAUUCACUCUUUGUUCUACACGUGUAUUAACUGAUGGCGAUAAAAUCUUGGCUGGCUCAACAAGCGACAUUGAUGCUGCUCUUAAUGACCUGGAGGGAGAGCGUGCAUUGCAAUGGAUUUACAGUGGAUCCUCCUGAGGACCUUGUGAUACUAGACCCCGGACAUCUUGGACAAUUGGAGAUUACAUGGAGCCCCCCAACCAGCUUGAUUAAUAUGACAGAGUGCCCAAAACUGUAUCAACUGGAGUACUUCAACACAUACAGUGACAGUUGGACUGCUGUCAGGAUGAAUAGGAGGACAUACAGUGUCCAAUUUGAUCUGAUGAAAGAUGUUAGGGUGAGAGUGUACACCUUGCUGAGUGGACCCUGCACCAACGGCACUAUGACCAAGAGCGCAAGAUACACCGAACUGAUCCAGAAACCUUCCAGCACAGGUGUUGUGGGUACCACAGUCCAGGAUUUUGUCUGUGUGUAUCAUAACAUGAAGUACAUGGAGUGCAGUUGGGGAAAAGGCCCAAAGACCCCUGCCAACUCACAGCAAAGUCUAUAUUUCUGGCACAAGAAAAUGGAACAGGCAGAAGAAUGCCCGAAAUACGUGUUAUCGAGUGGAGUCAGGAGUGGCUGCAACUUCACAGGGAUGUCUUUCCCCGAUUUCACUGAUAUCAGCUUCUGUGUAAAUGGUUCCUCUCCCGAAGGGCCCCUGAAACCAACAUACAUCUCCCUGCAAAUCCAAAACCACGUGAAGCCUGACACUACAGAGAAGCUGCAUCUGCAAACAGGUCCAGACACGCAGCUGGAACUACACUGGGACAAUCCUGUUGGCAGGGUUCCUGGACACUGCCUAGAAUGGGAGGUGGAACACAAUCAAGAGGGACCUGAUGGAAAAAUUGCAUUGGAGCUGAUUUUAACCAAACAGACCAGCCUAACUUUGUCUUCCAUCGGCGACAAUGAGAGACAUUGCUUCAGGGUUCGGUCCAAACUGCAUAAAUAUUGUGCCGAUAAAAGUUUUUGGAGUGAGUGGAGUCCUCCGACAUGCCGCCCAGAAAAGAAAGAAGUCGCACCUGAACUAGAAUGGGACAUGGUACCUGUCUAUGUAUAUAUCGCUGUCGCCAUCAUUGCCGUACUGGUGCUGUCGCUGUGUGCGUGGGCAGUGCUCACAGUGUGGAAAUCAAGACAAGUUAAGAAGCCAGACUCUCUGCUCACCACCCUGUUUGCCAGAAAUCCAGUUCUUACAGUGAUGGAGGCCUAAAAAGGCCAGAAAACCUGCACCUCAUUGCUCUCAAAGAGCACGUCUGACAGAUGUUUUAUUGUUGCACUCCCCAUCUCUCAUUUUUCAGGGUAUCUGAUUGAAAAUAACACAGUGAGUCUCACAAAGAUGCCACUGCUAAAACAUUAGUGAAGAUUUUACAUAUUAUGUAGUAGUUAUAAAUACAAUUGCUUGAAUUUACAUGAUCUAUUCCAAGAUUUCAUGUUAACUGGAAGUGUUACAUUAUGGAGAAAGUAUCAAUGUUUAUGGCAGUUUUGUGGUUGGUUGUUUACUUUUUGCUAAAACAUUUGCCAUCUGCUUUAGUCAGCAGAGAUUAAUUUCCAGAUAUUGUGUUCAGGAACAAUUACUUGUUCUUUGGAAAUGUGUUGUAGGUGUUUUACUAUUUGCCAGAUCUCUUGCCUGUUGAUUCAGUCGGCACUGGUCCACUUCAUGUUGUGGAGAAGUUACAGUUUUUAUUGAAUUCUGUUUUAUGUUUUUGUGUUUAAUUAUUUACUCUUUGCCUCAGCUCUUGUCAGUUAGCUCAGACAACAAAGCCUUUAUUAUUAUGUCUAAAUCCAGUAUUCUUUAAAUGGUUUAAUACCGAAGAAAUUAGUGUGUCAGGUUUUUUAAUGCCACAGCUCCUUGCCAGUUUUGAGAGUUUAAAUUAUAACGUAUCAUAACUGCAAAACAAUAUUUCUAUAACUGCAUUUUUGUUGCCAUUUUUGGGUGCAACAAACAUUUAUGCAAGAAUGUAUUUACACAGUAUACUAUACUGUCUAAUGGAAUUUUUAUGUUCAUAAUGUACCUCACCUCAGUAUUUCACGGGUGAUAUUUUAGGUAGUGAA